AUGGAAAACGAUUACUCCGACAUCAGUUUUCGGCUACUGGAUCUCUCUGACGCCGAUGAUUUCAUGGAAUGGUACUCCGACGAAAAGGUGAGCAAAUUCUGCUCAUGGGAUGCUUUCACUUCCAAACAGGCUGCAAUUCAGCAUGUCGCCGAUACAGUAAUACCCCAUCCAUGGCACAAAGCUAUCUGCCUCAAAAGCAAGCCAAUUGGUUCGAUUUCGGUCACCCCAUUUUUCGGCAACGAUAGUUGCCGGGCGGAGCUCGGUUAUGUGUUGGGAUCCAAAUACUGGGGCAAGGGAAUUGCCACUACGGCUGUGAAAAUGGUGGCCAGCACCAUUUUUGUGGAGUGGUCACAUUUGGAGAGGCUUGAGGCAGUGGUGGAUGUUGAAAAUUUGGGCUCCCAAAGGGUUUUGGAAAAGGCAGGUUUCACAAGGGAAGGUAUAUUAAGGAAGUACUAUCUUCUCAAAGGGAAACCUAGAGAUUCUGUGAUUUUCAGUCUUGUGUCUACUGAUGCCCAUGCGCACUCAUCUUCCCCUCCGGUCGGUGCCACAAGACCGGGGCACUCGUCUCCUACUUCGACUGGUGCUGAACGAGUGGAGAACAACCCGAUCUUGUAUCACCCAAACAUUAUCAUCAAUAUUGAAGAGCAGUGA